AUGUUUCGCAACACCAGUCUCGUUGCUGAGCCUCCUCAAAUAUCGGUGCCCAAUAUGGAGGAGCGAUACAUUGAAAUUGAUCUGUAUAAAGCUAUCCUUAGGCUUCCUCUUAAUAAUCCCAUGACUUUUGAAGAGCUUUUAAGUCCAGUGAUGGAGGACGACACAGCCAAUCUGGAGAUGAAUGACGACGAGAUUAUAGCCAUGAAACAGGAGGUGGAAGAAGAAGAGAAUGACGAUCAAAAAAACGAAGAUGUGGAAAAGCAGAUAGCCGCGAAUCUGGAAAAGCUAAAGAGCCUAGCAAUCACUGCUUCACUGCUGAAUGUGACGAAUCCCAGAGAUAGAGUGGUACUCAGACGCAUUUGA